AGACAGAAUGGAAAGAAGUUGUGUUGAGGAAUUUGGAGUCUUGUGUGAAGGGAAAGGCUUUGGUGUUGUGAUGGGAAUGUAGUUGGAGCUGGAGUCUUCAGGGAAAAGAGCAGAAACAGGAAUUUGGGAAGCACUGGAAUCAAGAAGACACUUUUUUUUCCUCCAAAAGCAAGACAAAACAAAGACUUUAAAACAACUCUGAGUGCACGUUGAAAUCUUGAAUAUUCCUGCUUUGAUUUUCAUCAAGUGAUGAUGGGCAUAUGCAAAAGUUUGUUGUUUUCCUGAUUUAUUCUGUGUUAAUGGAUUUCUGUUCAGGAUUUGAAAGAAGACUGAAGUGCUGACGCUGCUGCUGCUGCCUCAAAUUUCAGACUUUUUUUUUUAAUUGGUGGCUUUUUUUUUUUUCCUUUUUGAAACCAGAAACGAGAACUUGGAAGAGGAAAAGCUGAUCUAAAUAAGAAAGCGGACUUUAGCCAAGAAAACACAGCUGUCUAAGUGCAGCCUCGGUGCCUGUGUAUGUUUUUGGUGGGAAAGUUUACGAAGAUGCGCUGAGGUGAUAUUCAGACAGAGGCACUGAAUUAUAUUGAGAAAACAAAGGAACCGAAUCGGAACAGAGAGUGGAAAAGUAUGGAUUUCUUUAAAAUGAAUCUGCUUUUUGUGUUUUUUGUGGUGGCAAUGCUCCACAUCCAAGCUUCCGAAACUGUCUCAGGGUUGCACUUCAAGCAAAGCCCAAGAAAUAUAACUUCAUCACUGGGGAAGCCAGUGGAGAUGCAGUGUAUCCUGAUAAAGGAGGAGGGUGAGGAAGGAGAUGAGGGUCCAGAUGUUGUGUGGCUCAGAGAGGGGGAGCUGCUCGAGUUCUCUAACACCAACCAAGUGCAGAUGCCUUUCGAUGAAAACGCGUGGCUUGUCAUCAGUACACUUCGGAUCGCAAAGGUCCAGCUGUCGGACAUGGGUGCCUACUGCUGUGCAGUGAUCACUGGGGAUGAUGAGACAGUGUCCACUGAAGGACACCUUCAACUGGAAGGUCUCCCACAUUUCUCUGUUGAACCUCACCACAUGUCCAUAGUGGCGAAUAUGAGCCUGAGUCUGCAGUGCGUUGCUCAUGGGCCUCCUGAACCAGUCCAGAUCAUUUGGCUUCAGGAUGGAGCCCCUCUCAAUAUGCUGGAUGACCCCAUCGCGCUGUCUCCAUCCAGCCUCAACCUCACAGGACUGAACAAAACAAGCUCAUUCUCCUGCGAAGCUCAUAACCGCAAAGGUGUAGCAUCAUCCAGCUCUGGAGUUAUAACUGUCCUCCCUUCCCAGCCACAAGAUGUUAAAGCUGUGGAGAUCACUAAUUCCAGCAUUCGGCUAUCCUGGUCCCCAGGCUUUGCAGGAAUUUACGCUAUCAAUUUCUGCACAGUUCAGGUUAAGCCAUCAGGAGAGGACUCCAUCUUGAAUCCGGAUCACAUGAUCCACAACCAAAAUGUUAACAUUCCAUCUGCCAGUCACCUGAUCUCCGACCUGAAGCCUUUCACCCAAUAUGACGUCAGAAUUGCUUGCCGCAGCAGCCAGGGCAUCUCUGAUUGGACGCCAUGGCUGAACUUCAGCACCAGUGAAGGAGUUCCAGACAGUGCACCAGUGAACAUCACUACUAUGCUGAACGGGACAGAGUUUCUGAUCAGCUGGGCCGAACCUGAAGGCGAGAUUAAUGGAGAGCUACAGGGCUACAGGAUCGAGUACAGAACAGCUAAUACAGAACAGGUCGUGUUGGACAUAGGAAUGGUAACGGAGCUGUCUGUUAACAUGUCAGUCCCCUUAUCAAACAUCACCUUCAGGCUGUGUGCCUACACGGGGGCAGGAUACGGCCCAUGGACGCCAGUACAGACAUUGUCUCUUGUCCCUACAGACAUUAAAAACGCAUUGUCAGCAAGUCGCCACACUCCUCCAGUGUUACCCUGGCACUGGUGGUAUGUGGUCAUAGCCGUGGCAGUAGCUAUAGCUUUGGCAGUGCUCAUGGCUAUAUAUGUGGCUAAACUGAGACGGAAAGAAACACGUUUUGGUGAGGCAUUUGAGCCCAUGAUGGAGAGUGGAGAGCUGGUGGUUCGGUAUCGAGCUCGUCGCACCUACAGCCGCCGCACCAACGAAGCCACAUUGAACUCGCUGGGCAUCAGUGACGAACUCAAACAGAAGCUGCAAGACGUAAUGGUGGACAGACACAAACUAACGCUGGGAAAAACACUCGGAGAGGGUGAGUUUGGCUCGGUUAUGGAAGGCCUGCUGACUCAAGAGGAUUCAGUUCUUAAAGUAGCAGUCAAGACGAUGAAGAUUGCUAUUUGUACACGCACUGAGAUGGAGGACUUUCUGAGAGAAGCAGCCUGUAUGAAGGAGUUUGAUCAUCAGAAUGUCAUGAGGCUUCUAGGAGUGUGUUUGCAGACUGUGGAGAGCGAGGGCUUUCCAUCUCCUGUGGUGAUUCUGCCCUACAUGAAACAUGGUGAUCUGCACAGCUACCUUCUUUACUCAAGACUUGGAGACUCGCCUGUAUAUCUACCAUCUCAGAUGUUGGUGAAGUUCAUGACCGAUAUCGCUCGAGGAAUGGAGUACCUGAGCAGCAAGAACUUCAUCCAUAGGGACUUGGCUGCACGUAACUGCAUGUUAAACGAGAACAUGAAUGUGUGUGUUGCUGACUUCGGGCUCUCUAAGAAGAUUUACAACGGUGAUUACUACAGGCAGGGUCGCAUCUCAAAAAUGCCUGUCAAGUGGAUUGCGAUUGAAAGCCUGGCAGACAGAGUUUACACCACCAAGAGUGACGUGUGGUCCUUUGGUGUGACGAUGUGGGAAAUCGCGACACGUGGUCAGACUCCGUACCCCGGCGUAGAGAACAGUGAGAUUUAUGACUACCUGAGACAAGGCAACCGCCUGAAACAGCCUCCGGACUGUCUAGACAGCAUAUACUCCUUGAUGUUCUCCUGCUGGUUGCUCAGUCCGAAAGACCGGCCAAGCUUUGAGGUCUUGUGUUGCCAGCUUGAGAAAGCCCUGGAUGAGCUUCCUGACCCACAGGACCCUGAUGAGAUCCUGUACGUCAACAUGGAGGAGUCAUCAGGAGAGCAGGGGGCCGUCGGAGGCCGGGAGCCCAACAUUGCUGGUGGCAUGUGCUCCCUGGGGCCAUUAAAGGGCACAGAAUCGGUGGCAACAGCAGAGAUUCACCAUCCAGGCCGCUACGUUAUCUGCCCCCAGCACGAGGGUCAGCGUCUGCUCAAUGCCGAGUCGAUAGAAAGCCUGAAUCUGACAGGCUCAACGCCGACUUUAUUACUCCAACCCUCUGCUCGCUCAACCCCUGUGCCAACCUCUGAGAUGAACAUUUCUGAGGAGAGAGAGGGCCCAGGAGGCAAGAGGAUAAUGUGGUAGUGACACUUAAACUGGAUGAGAGACAGUAGACAUAUACAGGUUGGAAAAGGAUUCAGUUAAAGAUUUGUCCUUUGUCCCAUCAUCCAUAAUUUGAACCUCUUCUGUUCGUGGAGGUACACACUUCCCCUGACAUUCCAUCAACAAAUGCUUAUUGUAGUAUGUGUACCACAUCCAGUGUUUCUUUGACUUCAUCAUGCUUGGAGUAAGCUUGGAGUGUAAAUUAGAUUUUGACAUUUAACAUCCUCCUUGUCAGCAUUCUCCUGACUUUGCACAUCCUUUCCACACAGUUCUAGUUUGAUUGAGUGAUUUCUGAAUUUUAAACUUUUCCAUUCAUUCAUCUAGCUUCAGUAACCAAUUAUUCUCAUCAGGGUCACAGGGUCCAGAGUCUUUCCUGGGAACACUGGGAAUGCACUCUGGAUGAUAGAACACAAUGCACACACACACACACACCUACGGGCAAUUUAUUGUAGCGAAUCCACCUAGAUGCAUGUUUCUGGGAGGUGGGAAGAAACCAGAGACCCUGGAGGAAACCCAAACAGAGGUGGCAGUGCUACCUUCUGCACCACUGUGCCACCCAAAUACAUGGCUAGCGAUGUCAUGAAGUAGGUGGAAGAGCCAUUAGACCUCUUCCAUCAUUGUCAAGAAUGUUGACGCUUCUGCAAUAUUCUGAGGCCCAGCUUGGCCUCAUCACUGCAAAGUUGUACUGUAUUUGUAUAAUUGACCCCAACCAUUAUAACCAUUAACCGUAAUGACUUGUAAGAGUCAAUCUCAAGGUUGAAGUUUUUGACUUAUGCAAGGACCAUUUAAAAGAAAAAUUCACAUCAAGACUGCUGACACACAAACGUCUACCUGUUGAAAGCAAAAGCCAUUCAAAAAAGCUAAAUGGUGGCAUUAACUAUCAUCAGAGAAGUUGACUCUGAUAAGCUAACAUAACACCGAGUUAAAGUACCACAUGUGAAUCAAGUAUUAGGAGGUACUCAGGAGAUACUAGCUCUCAAGCCAUUUAUUCAUAAUGUGGCAUGAGAGCAGCUUUGCCAGCAGAUCACUGCCAAUCUGUCGAAGGGAAUCAAACAUCCUUCAGUUCAUUUUAAGACUGCUUUGAGAUUCCACUUGAGGUGUUUUUUACUGUAUGUCUGUUCAGAUCUCUUCAACCCAACAUUUCCAAAGACAUGAGCCAACUUGAAGCACUUCUGGCUUUCUAUACAAGCCAUCGACAGAAAAUACCAUGUACAAAUUUGAAAAAUGUCUUGUCAGCGAUUUAGGAGAAAGCAAAUGGUUGGAGAAAAUAGUUAUUAUAAAUCAGCUACAUUUCUAAACCAGUCAAGAUUUGUAUAUAGAUUUGCUCUGAAGUUCAACAAAACCAAAUCCUCGGUACAAUUUUGAACACCAUUUGAAGAAAUUCUGGUCACUUUACCUGUCUACCUACCUGGCAGUAGAAUAAAGGCAUUAUGAAACGAAUACACACUUUAUUCAAAAGGUACUGGAGUUUUCUUAACGUCAUGUCCGAGACCAGUUUUAUGGUUUCUGUAACAAUGGUUAACAUGGGGUGUUUCAAAUAAGCCUAAAUAGGGCACUAAGUAAGACAUGAACGGUUAGGACGUAAACACCGGGCCAGGUACUGCCGUGGUUCAGCAGGACCUCGACUCAAGCACAGUAUUAUUUGUGUUUGUUAUUGUUGUUUUGUAUAUAUGAAAUCAUUGCACUAAUCAUUUCCAACACUUUUUUUGUGUGUGUUCUGCUUUUACACAUAUUGCGUUCGUUUGUUCAUUGCUAGCAGAGUAUGUUUGCAAGUCUAUGUUAAAAUGAGAUCAUAUGAAAAAUUGUGUCACUGAUAGCAUUGAAAAUUGAAACACCAAAUUUUAAAGGCUUGUUUGAUUGUUUGCUUGUUUUUGUUUUUAUGAAGUAUAGCUCAGAAAUCGAAGAAUGCAUGUUCAGUUUUCAUGGACUUUUUGGUACAUUUUCUCAAAUAUUCAUAGGAUGUCACAACAAUUUUUAAUAUUUUUAAACCCAUAUUGAAUUUGUCUGGAGAUUAGGUCAAAAUUCAAACUUGUCUGUUAUCAGAACAAAGCUGGAAAUCACAGUUAAAGUUUGUCUGGUUGCCUGAAUUUACUUUAGAUUAUUUUUCAGUUUGGUUCAUUAUACAGGACAAGCCAUCCACAUGUCCUUAACUGUCCUAAUCUUGAUAUUUGCAUAUAUUCAAAGGACCCCCCCAUUUUAAUGAAACAUAUAUUCUUCUGUACUGCAUAUUCAAGAACUUUUGCAAGAUCAGUUUUCAUAAAAUAUCAUUUAUGGUCAGUUAUACAGUUUUUUUUUCCCUGCAUACUUUGUUACAAAAAAAUAUUAUAUUCCAUCCAUAUCCACAUUCACAUGUGAGCAACACACUUAAGAGUGCCUUGGAAAAGCCAGUAUUUUGUCUUACGAUAGUUCUUUAAUAUGUAGCAUUCGACAUUUACGUCUCAAUAAUAUUAAUGUUGCUGUUUUUGUUUUUGGUUUUUUUGUAAGAUUUUGAUACGCUUUUAUAUGAAAUAAAUGCUAUCUGCACAAUUCAUA